AUGUCCACUUCCAACCUUGCAAAGAGAAUCAAGAGUUCGUUUGACGCGGUAUAUGACCUGAAAGAUGAUGGUGCUGAUGGCACACAGGAACCAAUUGCUCCUAUCUUCAAUACCAUGCCUGAUAAAAAGUUAUAUCCAGAUUAUUACGAUGUCAUUACUACACCAACUUCAUUACAAUCCAUCAAAAAGAGAUUAAACAUAUAUCACACACCAAAUGACUUCAUCAAAGAUCUAGCACAAAUUGUCUGGAAUGCGAAAACUUAUAAUGAACAAGGAUCAUUUGUUUAUAGAUAUGCUCAAAAAUUGGAUAGUUUUAUUUUAUCAAAUGUGAUACCGAAAUUUAGAAAAUUAGGUUAUGAAGUUUCUUAUCCAAACUUGGGUCCAAAUGAUUUAUCAGAGUUAGCAAGUGGUGCCCAAACUAGUACAGCAAAUACACCACAACCAAACGCGGUUUUACAAAAUAAUAAUGCUGAAGAAGAUGAUCAUAGUGAUGAUGAUCAAGCCAAUUCAAGAUUGAGAAAAGCUUCAUCAACUACUGCUAUUCAAAGUACAAAAGAACAAUCAUAUAAGAGAGGUAGACCACCAGUUAUUGAUAAACCUUUUGAACAAAGAAUCAAAAAUGUCUUGAGAUCAUUAAGAAGAGAUAGAGAUCAACAAGGCCAAUUAUUAUGUCACGCUUUUGAAAAAUUACCAGAUAUUAGAGAAAAUCCACAAUUUUAUCAACUUAUAACAGAUCCUAUCUCAUUGGAUGAAAUUAAAAAGAAAAUUAAACAAAGAAAGUAUAAAGAUGUUGAAACUUAUGUUCAAGAUAUGAAAUUAAUGUUUAAUAAUGGUAGAACUUAUUAUAAAGGAUGGGAUGAAAAUAUGGUUACAGUGACAAAUACUUUGGAAACAAAAUUUGGUGAACAUCUUGAAAUUGAAUUGAAAAGACCAGAUAGUGAUUUUGUUGCAGCAGAUUCUUUAAAAAUUCCAUUGGAUCAAUUAGAAUUACAUGGAUCACUCUUCAAAAUUGGUGAUUGGAUCUUGAUCAAUAAUCCAAAUGAUCCUUCAAAACCAAUUGUUUCACAAUUAUUCAGAAUUUGGCAAACUCAAGAUGGUCAACGUUGGAUUAAUGUUUGUUGGUAUUUAAGACCCGAACAAACCGUUCAUAGAGUUGAUCGUUUAUUUUAUGAAAAUGAAGUUUUUAAAUCUGGUCAAUAUAGAGAUCAUUUAGCUGAUGAAAUCAUUGGUAAAUGUUAUGUUGCUUACUUCACACGUUACCAAAGAGGUGAUCCAGCUUUCAAUUAUGAAGGUCCAUUAUUCAUUUGUGAAUUUAGAUAUAACGAUAAUGAUAAAAAUUUCAAUAAAAUUAGAACUUGGAAAGCUUGUUUACCUGAUGAAGUUCGUGAUCAUGAAGAUCCAAUAACACCAUUACCAAACUUGCGUCGUUUUAAAAAAUACGAAUCACCUUUGAAACAUUUAUUACCACCAAAUGCUACCAUGGAUAUGCCAAUUCCUGAACCAACAAUUGGUGCUCCAAAUGCUCCACCUUUACAUGGUGCUGUUUAUUUAAGAGAUAUUGAUGAAGCUGAUGAUUUAGGUCAAUAUGCUUCAAGUCGUAUAUGUCCAAGAUAUAUCAUAAGACCAAAUGAUCCACCACCAACAGAUUCACCAUCAAACAAUACAACUUCGAUUGUUAAUUAUACAAGAAAUACAGUACCAGUUCCACAACAACAACCUAUUCUUCAUCAUGCUGUUCCAAAUUAUGUUCCAACCUCUACCGCGCCUUCGUUUACAAUUCCAAUAUCGAUCGAGAAUGAUACAAAGGGGCUGAUCAGAAUGGAUGUGUCCAAUAACAGAAGAAGAUUGGCAGGAAUUUCCAAUGAUGUAAACACAGAAGGUCCUUUGAUCUGGUUUAGAGCACCAGGUGUAAACAUUGGGAAUAGAUAUAAACAACAAAUUCCAGUUAGGGGUAUAAAUAGAAUUGUUAACAAGAAACCUAUUAAAAGACCUCAUAAUGAAAUAGAUGGUGAAGAGGAAGAACAAGAUUUAGAUAAUGGUGAUGAAGAUUCUCAAUUUAGUCACAGUUUAGGUCACAGUGCUAAAUAUUUGGCUUUUAAAUUACAAAAACAACAGAACAAACAAAGUGUAUAA